GAGUUUAGAUUUUGUUCAACUUAAAACCUUGAUUUCUUUUUGUUUUACUGCGAUUCUAUGUGCUAUCGUUAGCCAAUUAGUAUGUGACAGUUAUUUAUCGGAAUUAUCUACUAUGAUUAGUGUAACUACUUUAUAACAUGUCUGAAGAAAUGGACAUGAAUGUAAACAACCUCUCCGCUGCCGGAGAGGCUUUUGAGGUAUCCCAAUCAAAUUCUUUGUAUUUAGAAAAUGAGAGUGUCUCCUCUCCUGGCAGAGAGUGCUCGCAGCCUGCUGCCGUAGAUGUGGGCGAAUUAAGCGAUAUGUCCAUAGAAAACGAUCUUGUAUCAUCCACCAACAACGAGGAUCAAUCGCAACUAAGUUACUGCAACAUGGAUGUAGGCAGCGAAGUGAACAUCAACGAAGAUGAGCCAGACGAAACCACAUUUGAUCUUGGUAACGAGGCCAACUCUGAACCUAAUAAUUCACUUGAAACCGAUUAUGUGCAAGAACCAACUUAUGCAGUAAGUAACGAUGUGGACAACGACGUAGACAUGGAGGUGGACGAGACAGUGGAUAUAGAAACGGUGAGCAGCUCAGAAGUAUGUCAGCCUACUAGCUUAUCUCCUUCGAAACAAGGUAGAGGUAGGGGCAGAGGCAGAGGGAGAGGACGGGGAAGAGGGAGAGGGCGAGGCAAGGGCAGAGGUAGGAAAACAACAUCAUUUAAUGAUUCAACCUCUAUUAAUUUCGGCACAGACGUUUCUAGUGAUAUUAGGGCAAAUAUAAGUUCAGAACCUCUCCCUGAGAAUACACUACACUCCCCAAACAACAAUAUUGACUCAAUUCAAACUGACACAAAUGGGUUUCUACCAUCAUCAAUUCAGAGUAUGGACACUCCCACUGAACAAGUCCCUGUAACUAGAAAAAGGGGCAGGAAAAAGAAAGAGCCACCUGUUGUAAGUGAUACUGGAAGCUUGGAAAGUCCAGAAGUUGUAAGUCCAAAAGUUCCUCGUAGAAGAGCUCCACCAGUUAAAGAUACUGGAAGUUUGCAAAGUCCGGUAGUUGAAAGUCCAAGAGCUUCCCGUAGAAGAGGUCGGCCAAGGAAAAAUUCAAGUCUGAACGAUAUAACUGAAAACCAAACAGUCAAUGGGAAUACUUUACCUGUCACUGCCAGCACUUCCGAAAUCAAAGACCUUAAUAAAAUGGUUGCAAAUUUGUCCCAACUUGAAGACAAGUUGCGUAAAUUACAGGACAACCUUUCUAAUAUAGAGAAAUUAGAGGAGGAUGAUGAUGAUGAUGAGGAAGACAUGUGCUUAAGUCAGCUGAAAACAUCAAUUGACUGUGAAAGAGCAUCUGAAGCCAAGGACCCCAUAUUGCAAGGGUUGCAAGAAAUGCCUUCUUCACCAUUGGCUGAACCUGAGGCAGAUUUGAAUAAUGGAAUUGAUGAAAGUGCAAGCGCUCCUAGUGACCCAAUCACCCAGGCUGAGGUCAUCAAAGACAAUGAUGCCACCACAAAAGAAACAGACACCCCAUUGACAGAAAACGUUACAACAGAAAAUGUUACAACAGAAAAUGUUACAACAGAAAAUAUAACAACAGAAAAUGUAACUACAGAAAAUGCAAUUACAGAAAAUGCAACUACAGAAAAUGUAACUACAGAAAACACCACUGCAGAAAAUAUAAUAGGCAAUGAAGUUGAAAAUAAGUGUAUGGAUGAGUCACUUCUUGUCGAAGAUACUUCUAAGAGACCUAAGAGAAGGAAUGCAAAGAAAACAUUAAAAUACAGAAAUGAUGAUGAUUCUGAUGAAGAUCCAUUUGCUAAUGUUGAGCUUUCGGAUGAUGAUGAACCAAGGAGAAAAAAGAAAAGUGGCAGGUAUAACUCUGAUGAUGAAUACAUACCGGGAAGAAAAGGACGAACAAGCUCCAUAGACUCCUCAGAUAGUGCAGUUGGUGAUGCACUAGAUGAGUUAGAAGAGCUAAAAAUGACAACAAAGAAAAGAGGGCGAAAGAAAAAAGAUAUUCAAUUAGAAGGAGAGAAAAUGCCCGUUAUUUCAGAUGUAAUUAGCCAGAGUCCUAUGAAAACAUCAAGUUUGAAUACAGUUGAAGAUAAAAAAGAACCUUGGAGGUUUUCACCUGAUACAGUUGAGGAUUUGUGUGAUGAUACUGAAGAGCAAUCAUCUGUAAAUAAUGAAAUCAAACCUACACCGCCUCCACAGUCUGUAAAUACUUGGGGUUCAAGUAAGGAGUUUGAAAACUUCCUUGCAAAGAAAACACAGGGCACUAAUUUGAAAAUUAAAAAAGUGCGUAAAAUAUCAAGGUCAUCACCAAGUGUAGUAGUACCUAUAGAAAUCCCAGUCUUAGAAGCAAACGAAGUUAAGAAGAAAGUAGAAGCAUCUGCUCAAACCAACAAAGUUUAUACUGAAACUACAAGUACUCAGACUAGUGGGCCCUGCACACUUUCAAUGAAGACCAAUGUUCCUUUAAAUAGUGAACAGUCAGAAAAUGCAUGCAAAUUCCUUACUAGCAUUGUGAAAACUACUUCAGAAUUAGGAACCUUGAUGACGGAAAAGUCUGAUGACUUUAUUCAAAAGAAAAUAAAUACAACUAAUGUGGUAGACACUUUUAAGAUAGAUUAUUGUGUCAAGAAAUCAUUUUUACUACUGAAACUUGCCAAACAUAAUAUUAUGCAAAUGGAAGAGGACUUAUCCAAUCAAUAUGAAAAGUUUCUACAAGAAAAUGACCUAUCAUCAUACAGGGAACAAGAGAAGAAAUUAGAGCCUACACCUAAAAAGGAAAAAGAAGACAGUGAUAGUGACUGUGAAAUAGUUGGGGAAACACCACCUCAAAAGGUGAAGGUUGAAGUGAAAAAAGAAAGCAAACCCAAAUUCAACCCAAAAACAGUAUUUUUAAAUAAAGAACUUUCCAUCAAAAUUGCUAAAAAGCCAAGUGAAGAAGUCAAGAGUAAUAAAAAUAUUAACAUCAAAGGCAGACACACUGUGUGGAUCAGUGAUUCGGUGAUGGUAAAGAAAGUAAAGGGCCCGCAGUCUUUUUUAGCCCAGGACAGCCGAAAUAAAAAACCACCCGAUAAUAAGAUUACAGAAAAAAUGGUAAGUGAUUUUUUUGAGGAUUAUUAUCGCCAGAAAGCAUUAUUUGCGUGUGCUCCAUUUGUAUCCACGGAAUGGUCUACCUGGCGAUACAACAGAUACAUCUGCCAAUAUUUUACUGUUGAACCUGAUAAUCUUACAAAUGGUAAUAUUUCUAGAACUGAGGAGAUUUUCACGGACAAUGAAAGUAACCCAAGUGUGAGUGAAAGUGGCAAUGAACUUAGUGAGAAAAUAAAAUGUGAAGUUAGCAAAUUGAGCAACCCGACAACACUUUUAUCAAUUUGCUUGAAGAAUCUGCAUGAACUCUUUUACCUGAGGGAACCUAGUGAUAUUAUCAAUACAUUUUCCAUUCCCGAAUGCACAAUUGAUAAUAGUGCAGCUCUGUUUUAUCAGCCAAAAACACUAUUUUCUUCAUGCUGUGAGCACCUGAAAAAAAAUCAGCAGAAUUUGAGGGCACAACAUAAGUUGUUAGUAAAUGCUCCCGAGAUUGUACCUCAAAAUCAAAUUGAAAAUUCAGACGAAGAUGAAGACAAUCAAGAAGAGGACAUUUGUUUACUAAAUGCUUCAGAAAUCCUAACCCAAAAUAUACCCUCUUUGAAAGCAUUGUGUCUUUCAAAAAUAAACAGACUUGACUUUGCAAAUAGCAUAAAAAGUGAUAAUAAGACUGUAAUGUCUAAUAGUGAAAUUGACGAAACUGAAUAUUGUGAAAGUGACUUCUCAUGUGAUGAUUACAGCCAAGAAGUCAAGUCACUGUUGACUUUAUGUGUUCAGGUAAUCCAACAAGGACAAAAAGUUCUUCAACCUAAUAAGCCAAGUGAUUUUUGUGUUGAGGACACUUUCUCAUUUAGAUCUCCAAAUUCUUUGAAGCAUAUCGCUUUUAAAUGUAUAACAAGUUUAUUAAAUGAAUGUCACAUAAUUGACACUGCUAAGUCACAAAAUGAAAUUGUAUGUAAUUUAACUCCCCAUAAAGUGAAAAAGCUAGCUGAUAUAUGCUUUGAUAUUGUAUCAAAGUUGUAUGAAGCUGACGAUUCUCAAGUAACUGAAAGUGCUGAAGCCCCAUCUAUAGCACUAACUAUCAAUGCCAUUAAUACACUCUCAGAAGAAGCAUUCCUUAAUAUUGAGGAAAAUACAAAUGAUCAAGAUAAUUCCAAUUAUUAUGAAGAUGAUGGUGGCACUUUUUAUGAGGAUGAAUCCAUGGAACCCAAUUAUAAUGAAGAUAAUGAGGAUCAUAGGGAAAAUGAAAGUUGGAUGUCGAAAGUACAGUUAAAAGAACUUAUGUCUUGUGCUGAAUCUGACAAACAGAAAAAUGGUUCAAAACCCAUCCCUGAAAAUGAUAAUAUUGAGGUAGCUGAGAAUUAUCCUCUUAUUGCUAAUAUCAAAACAGAACCGGGUUUAGAGGAGACACCUGCUAUUUCUGAGAACUUUGUUCCUAUUAUUAAAACUGAACCAGAUCAUUAUGUUAAUCAAAUGACCAUCAUACCAGAAAGUGUUGUUACAAAAACUGAAUCUUUUGAUAAUGUAGAUCCAUUACCCGUUGGUAGAGAACCAAUUCAAAGGCAAAGUAGUGCAAGUUUUGAUGAAGAAAAUUUUGAAAAUUUUGUAAAGUCUAACAAAAUGAUACAUGCUAUUAGCACUUACGAAAAUGAGAAUGAAGAAACAUUUAGUCAAAGUGCUUUGCGAGUUCGCAGACAGCAUGAACCUGAUUCUGAUAACGAAAAUGACACGAGUAUGAGUUUACUAAUACCACAUACAUUUGAGCCUCUAACUGUUGAAUCGGCUAAAGGAAGCCUUCUGGAAAACAGCGAGAGUGACAGUGAAAAUGUUGGUAAAAAGAACAACAAACGAAAACCUGGUCGACGUAAAACAAAGAAACCUGAGCCUCCAAAACAAACCAAAGAAGUACCAGCAAAAGAAAAUAAAGAAGUCCCUUCAAAAGAAAACAAAGAAGUCCAGUCAAAGGACAAUAAAGAGGUACAGUCAAAAGACAAAUCUGUUCCUGUAAAUGAGCUAGCAAUACUAACUAGACGAAUGCGAGAACGAAUUAGACAAGAGGAGAAAAAAGGCGCGUCAUCCGAUUCGGAUUCUGAAAAUGUGGCACAAACCUCAAAGAAAGAAAAAGAAACUAAGAAAGAAACGAGACGAUCACGAUUGGCUGCUAAAAAUAACACGCCUGUGGAUGAUGAGAUACAGUGCAAUAAUGUAGAUUCAACAGAACAAGUAACGGAUACUACUGCUAAUAAAUCCAAGGAUGAAACUGGAACAAAUCCCAAAGAAGAUAAUAAGUUCACUGGAUUUACUGCUGUUGAUCAAAAUGAAAUUUCUACAUAUCAUAAAUACGUUAAAUAUGUUUAUGACCAAAUUUUACCAAAAGUAAAUGAAGAGAUGGAAUCGAAAACUACAGAAGAAAAAUCAAACAAAGAUGAAAAGACAAAGGAUACUGAAAAAGAGACAGAUGAGAUAAUAAAUUCACAGGAACCAAUAGAACUUUUAGAAUGCACACCUACCAUGCCAAUAUUUGAGGAGGAGGAGGCUAAACCUAAUCGAAAACCUACCACAAAAUCACCAGGCAAAAAGAAAGAAGUUAAACAUGCUAAAGAAGAAUCAGUUAGCAAAGACAAAGAGGAUACUAAACAUGAUAAUAAUGGGAAAAAAGAACUAUUUGGCAAAGAACCUCAGGAAAGUGAAUUAUUCACUGAACGCAAUGGAUGGAAGUGCUAUCCGAUUCUCAGUAGUGAUACAAAACUUUAUGAACAAGUCCCCAUCAUUCCCUUGGAAAAAUUACCAGAAGCUUUUGUUCAGACAUAUUUUGAAUAUCAAGAGAUAGCGGUAAAAAGCAAAGACGAUGAAGAAAUCGAUAGAUUGACAAACCUUCAGUCUUUGAAUAGGUUAUCUUUAUCUAGUGUAAAGAAACCUAGAGUUCGCAAAGAAAAAGUGGCAGGUGAAGAGCAGGGAAAGUCUUCUCAAGAUGAUGAUGAACGACCGGAAAGUCCUGCAGAUGCAGACGCAGGCCAUUACAAUGAAUUGUUACCAUCUGAAGAUGAAGGUGAUAACUACGAGGACGAUUUUACAACACCAGGUCCAGAUGCUACGGAAAACAAUAUGGCGAAAAAUUUGCUCAUGAAUGAUGAUGAUGACGAGGACGACACACCACUAUCCAACAGAAAAAUCAAGAAAGAAGUUGAUGGCACUUAUAAAAAGAAGAGGCCCGGGCCGAAAUCUAAAACAGUUGAUAUAAAACAGGAACAUACAGAUUCGUUAAUGCUUACUGCCGACAAGAUGAUGAACAAAGAAUUGACCCUUUUACAUGCACCAGUAGUUUUAGAUAACGAAAAUGCGAAAACACCUGUUAAAGGCCCCGUUACAAGGAAUAAACCGAGGAGUGGUACAAAGAGUGGUGGUAAGGGAGAUCGAAUAAAGUCCGAUGAUUCCUCAUCAGAGGAAGAAAAACAAUGGGUUAAUACUAAAGAAAAACUUCUAAAAAGAAUGGGGAAAAAACAAGAGACUGCAAUGGAAGAUGAUGCUAAGCGGGCUAAACUGGUGACUGAGUUCAUAGAGCGACGGAACACAAGCGACAAGCCUUUGAUAUUGAAUCAUAAACCUCGCGGUCGAUCCAGACGUUCUAGAAAGAAGAUGUUGGAAAGGCAGAAGCAGAUGAGAGUACUGUCGUACGAGCUACUCGGAGAAGCGGGACCGCACGCCACAAAAGGAAGCUCCGCAGCAUAUUUUAAGGGACGGCGUAAUAUUAGAAAGGUCAUUGAUAAGAAAUCCUUGGCCCGGAGUACUGUGAUAGCUAAUAUGGAGGAAUUCGAGAGAAAGCGAAGAUUGAGCAUGAAACAGAAACAACUGGAAGAAAUAUUAGGCUGCGAAGAGGGCGUAAAUGUGAUAGUGACUAAUGACGAGGUCUGCUUGGAAUACGACUUCAAUAUAGGCCAGCCUGCGGUCACAGUGCAUCCGUUCUUUACCAAAGUUAUGAAAGCGCAUCAGUACGAAGGUGUCAAAUUCAUGUGGGACGCCUGUUUCGAAAGCCUGGAGCGCGUCCAGUCGGGCCACCCAGGCGGCGGUUGCAUAUUGGCGCACUGCAUGGGACUCGGGAAGACCUUACAAGUCCUAGCCCUGUUACACACAGUAUUAACGCACCCGAGCGUGGGCAUGCGACGUGUCCUCGUCUGUUGCCCGCUGUCGACGGUGUUGAACUGGGUCGACGAAAUACACAAGUGGAUCGGACCCGUUACGGACGAAAUAAAGCCAAGUAAAAUGAGACGGAAGCUACAGGUUUUUGAACUAUCAAAGCUAAAAAAAACCUACGAGCGAGCGUACCAAUUAGAGGACUGGUACAACGGAGGCGGCAUUUUCAUCGUCGGAUACGAACUAUUCCGGAGUCUGACAACCCUGGACGCCGAACUAGAUGACGUCCGACAAACGAUCAUAGACAAGAUACGCACAGCCCUACUCGAUCCCGGCCCGGACAUUAUAGUCUGUGACGAAGGACAUUUACUAAAGAAUGAUUGCUCGGUCCUAGCGGUGGCUAUGAGCAGGGUCGCCACUCGCAGAAGGAUUGUGCUGACGGGAACGCCGAUGCAGAAUAAUUUGAGAGAGUAUUAUUGCAUGGUGAACUUUGUCAAGCCGAAUCUGCUUGGGACGUACUCGGAGUAUUCUAACAGAUUUGAAAACCCCAUAAUGAACGGUCAGCACCGCGAUUCCGUAGUUGAAGACAUAAAGCUAAUGAAGGCCCGUACCCACAUUCUCCACAAAGUCUUAGAGGGCUGCCUCCAAAGGCAGGAAGCCUCCGUACUAUACCCUUACUUACCAAAGAAACACGAAUACACAGUAUUCAUAUCUCUAACGAGAUGCCAGUGUGACUUGUACAAGCAUUACCUCAAUGUGUACGCGAACAAGAAUAAGCAGAGUAUUUUGAAGGACUUCCAUACGUUGCAGAAGAUAUGGUCGCAUCCUCAGGUGUUGCAUAAUUUCAAUAUGAAAGCGAGGGACGAGAAGAUGAAAGUUAAAGCCGAGAAGUUAGAAGACGACUUAGCGCGCGAAGACCUGACCGCCAGCGAAGACAUCAAGCCGACCAGCACCGACGUGUGGUGGCUGCAGUAUCUCGAGGGCGGCGACAUGUUGGAGCGGCUCGAGAGCUCCAACAAGUUCAUCACCGUCUUCAGGAUCCUCGAGGAGGCCGUAGCGUUGGACGACAAAGUUUUAAUAUUCUCCACGUCGCUGAUCACCAUGGACUCGCUGGAGUACUUCCUGAAGAAGAUCAACAACUGGAGCCUCGGACAGGAGUACUACCGGCUCGACGGCUCCGUGCCGCCCGAGGUGCGCCAGAAGUGGUGCCGCGAGUUCAACGCUGAGCACAACUACAAGACCAAAUUGUUCCUAAUCUCAACCCGUGCCGGUUCCCUCGGUCUGAACAUGACGGCCGCCAACCGGGUCAUCAUAUUGGACACCUCUUGGAAUCCAGCCCACGACAUACAGAGCAUCUUCCGAGUGUACCGCUUCGGGCAGAAGAAGGACUGCUACAUUUACCGACUGGUGGCGUUGGGCACUAUGGAACAGAAGAUCUACGAACGAGCCGUGACGAAACAGGCUGUGUCAUGUCGCGUGGUGGACGAGCAACAGAUCGACAGACACUACAACAUGGCCGAGCUGACUGAGCUAUACAGGUUCGACGAGACGGGCACUAGCGUGGCCGGCGGCGUGGCAGUGGGCGUGCAGGACGUGGUGCUGCUGCGCGUGGCCCGCGACGCCGCGCUGCACGCCGUGCACGAGCACGACUCGCUGCUGCGCGGCUCCGAGGCCGCGCUGUCCGAGCACGAGCGCGCCGCCGCCUGGCACCAGUUCCAGCAGGAGACGCAGCACAACCAGAUGCCGCAGGAUAAAGUGCCCAAAAAAGGAACUAAAAGGAGCCUUCCCCUGGUUCCGGUUCCGGAUAUUAAGCCGACGCUGCCCGAGGUCAAACCGGAACCACACGCCGACGCGGACUACACGCCUACUGAGCCUAAAUCGAAGCGAGGGAGGAAGAAGAUCAUCCAAUGCCGCAUUCCGAUCCAAAGGCAGACACCGCAGCCGUCCACCAGCAGCCAGCCGGACUACUUCGUCGACAGGAGGCAGGAAACCGACAUCGUUGCCCAGAUCUCACAGAUUCUAGUCAGUCACGAUUUCAACAAUAGGAGGACGCCGCGGGAUCUGUCCAAACUUAUAUCGACUGUCCAGCAGGUCGUCGCGAGCGGGGAUCUGAGCAAACUACCGCCCGGGGACGAGGCGGCCGCGGCCAUCGCGCAAAUACUGCUGCGGAAGAACUCUCCCGUCGCACCCCAGUCUAUGCCGGCCCUCACCGACGUACGGACCCCUCCGGCACUCAUUAACAUACGGACCCCUCCCGCCCACACCGCCAUACGGAGCCCUCCGGCUCUCACCGACAUACGAACCCCUCCGGCCCUCACCGAUAUACAACAAACGAUACCUAGCAAUCCACCACUCGAACAAGAAGAUGCGGAAACCAUCACUGGCGAUCUAACCUCCAAACCGGACGCCAACGUAAAAAGAAAAAGGCGAGCGGCCGUGUCCGCGCAGAAGAAGUUCGACGCCAUAGCGGACGACGUAGUCAUAGAUCUCAACGACGACGACUGGCGCAACGACGACGACUUCAUCGUCGCGCCGACUCGAAACCCGGAGCCCGAAAAGACAGAAAGAAAAGAAGCUAAAUACAAACCGGGUCCGAAGAGUAAAAAGAAGCCGGUCGAAACUCCACCGGUCGAGAUGCCUCAGCAGCUAGCGCAGACCAUUCAACAAUCCAUAGUGGGAGAAAGUAUAUUGCUAAGCGACGAUGAAAUCGUGCCUGAAGUUCGACCACCCGUGACAGUCAAACAGGAACCUUCAGCAAAGAAAGGCGAGAAGUAUCCGCUUCACCCGUCGCUGCUCACGAACGAGAACUUCAUAAAGAUAGUGGCGCACACGUACCUGGCCGGGAACCCCAUGCUGGACGAGGACGCGGCCACGCUGGCGGCGCGGUACAGCACCGGCAAGGCGCUGCGCGAGACCGAGGCCACCGGCAAGCCCAUCGACAGCGGACCCAUCUACGACAUCGCUGUCCAGGUCCUAGGCAUCGACAUCCUCAAAAAACUCCACACCAACGGUCCCACCGCCGACUCCAAGGCCAACAAACAGAACCAGAAAGCGCUCUCAGACACCGAGAAAAUGCUGAGCAAUGCCACGGCCCCGCCCGAGUCCAAGCGAGGCCUACUCAAGCCGAAGGUCACUUCGGAGUUGAUGCCCAAGGAGAGGAAGCCGAUGAUAGCCAACUUGGGGCGCGUGAAGCUGACGCCCGUCACGCCGGUCCUCGCGGCGCCGGUCGUGGUUCCUGUGGGGCUAAUAAAAAAUACCAACAACUCUGGCGCGGUGGCCGAGGAGUGCAUCCUGCCCGACGACGACGACGUGCACGUGAUCGCCGACCCCCCUCCCCCUCCCCCCGCCGCUCCCCGUCGCGCGCCCCGCGCCGCCCCCGUGCUGCUCAACAGCGCCGCCGCCAGCGGCCAGCGACUCUUGCAGGACGAGCGACUCCUCACAAACAUCAAAGUGCCCAUCGCCCCGGCACCGCAGGCACCGCAGGCGCCGGCCGGCGCGACCAUGAUCAAGGUCGUCGGGAGCAGGGCCGCGCCCGCCCCGCCGGCGCCGGCGCCGGCGCCGGGCGGCACCAUCUGCCUCGACAGCGACGACGAGGACGCCGCGCCCGCGCCGCCCGUGCCCGUCACGCUCACGGCCGCCACCGGCGCGCGCCUCGAGCUGCAGAUGCCGCGCGAGACCCCGCUGCGGCCGCCUCGCAGCGACCCCGUGCUCGAUGUCGACUACUACAUCGGCGACGGCAACCCGCCCGCCGUCCCCGCGCACCCCGCCGCCGCGCCGCCCGCGCCGCGCCACCUGGCGAGGCUCGCACCCAAGCCCGCGCCCGCCACCGUGUGCAAGCCGGGCGACAUCAUCCGCAUCGGCAAGACCGGGAUGGUCGAGGUGCUGAGCAAGGUGGACUCCGUUCCCGUUUCGGUCGGCCGCCCCGCCCGGCCCGCCGUCGGAAGAACCGCUAGCGAAAUAAUCGCGGGACCGAAAUCGGCGCAGCCGAAGAUCGCUCCUAAACCGGCGUCGCAGCGAGCGGCUCCCAAACCGACCGAGCCGAAAUUGGCUCCCAAACCGACCGAGCCAAAAUUGGCUCCGAAACCGACUGAACAAAUCACACCAAAGCCGGCGGCGAAACCCGCCGCCCGACCGGCCGAGAGAGUCGCCCCGAAGCCGGCUCCUAGACCGGCGGACAAGCCGUUCCGUCUGGACAGCGGCAGCAGCUCCAGCUCCCGCUCCGCCAGCCCCGUCGACGCGGACCCGCUGUCCAUCCUCAAGGACGUGGUGCAGAUCCCGGCCGACCGCUACCAGAGCAUCCUCAGCGGCCAGACCGUCGACCCCUCCCCGACCACCCCCAAAGCGAGCUCUUCCAAACCGACCCCCCAUGCUCCACCUUCCAAAGUAAACACGACUAAGAAACCUCCCGAGAAACAACCCUCUCUCCUCCAAAAAUUAAGUACGUUAAAAGACAUAAAGGCGAAGGAAAUGGCUAAGAGACCAGCCGAGAAACCGAAAAAGACCACAACCAUAACUAGUAAGAGCUCGAGCGCAGUGUUCGACUCCGUCGAUUUAACGGACGUCGUUGCCGCGCCUGCGUCACAGAGCAAACCUGAUAAAGUCACUAGCAAGAGCUCGGUGACGAUAAAACCGAGCAAGAAGAUUGAAACAGUGGUCGGGACGUCUAAGAACAUCAUAUUGACUACUAAGAACAAGAUUACCGUGGGAUCAGCGCCGUCUAGCUCCAGCAAGAGCUCGGUGCGCGUAACUAACAUGGAGACGGUGGCGCCGGCCACGGUCAAGGGCCGCGUCGACAAGAAGCGGCCCGCCAUCAAACAGGAGCCAGAGGCGCCCAAGAGGAAAAAGACUGAACCCAUGACACUCAAGGAUUUCGACAUAGAUGACAUUGACGACAUCAUCGAGUUAGAAUAAACACUGAAAAUACUUAUCUGGAAAAUAAAAAAAAGAAACCAACCUUGACUCUUUGAUACAAACGAGAGCACUAAAUACGUUGGUCGCGAUUUAGUACGUUUUAACUAGGCAGUAUUUACAUUUGUCGAUAAAUGAACCUACAGGUGAUUCGUGAUCUCUUUUAUGGGGCAGUCCCCGAUUACUGCUAGCGUGUUAAGAUUGCACCCUGACGAUGUAUUUUAGUUUGAAAGCUAUUUUGAUUGUAUGUUUUUACGUAAUCUCUUGAUUCUUUGAUUUAAUUUGGUGCUUUGAUUCGUAACACACACAUACAUCAGGUCUAAAUAAAGGAUUCUUUUAAACUGUCAAAAUGAUAGCUUGACAUCGUUUCAUAAUAACUAUGACUGAAUUAUUUCAUAGUACGUUUAUCGACAAUUGUUCUAAAAUUUUGGCGGUAGACUCCAUGCGGAAAGAGAAGAGUCGUGGAAUGUAUGGAAGCCCAUAUAUUCUACGAUUCUUCUCUUUCCGCACAGACUAUCACAGACCCUGUCGGGCAACUAUUGACGAUUUGCUGAGUUCUGCAGGUAAAAAUGUUUCGAAUAUUAUGAUAGUAAUAAGUAUAAGCAUGAUUUUAUAAAAGAUUAAGUACACAGUCAGUGUUUUAAACCCUAAUAAGUUACGGAAUGUUAUUUUAUUUUGGUUAUGUUACUAUUUAGUUGCAUAGAUAUCUGUCUUAUGUGAAAAAAUAUUGUUUUGGUUAUUAUGAUCAAAGAGAAUAGAGUGUAUAGAGAGUUACUGUCAUGGUAAAUUAUGUAGCCACAGUACAUUUACUGCCAUCUUUCGACAGAAGAUUAAAACUGUUAGAACGCCAUUUGACUUUGAUCCAGUAGGCCAAAGGUUAUGGCGCCUUCGCUCGAAAAGAUUGACACAUAUCAGUGAAAUAAUAAGG